AUGUCUGCGCAGCGUCGUUGGUUGCUCGUCUGGAUUCUGGCGAUGGCGUGUCAGCAGGUGACCUGGGCCGAGCUCUAUACGGCCCUCGUCGACAUGGAGGAGCUCCUCGAGACCGAGUCCGUUCUCAUUGACACCCUCCACGGGUACAUAAGCGCCCAGGAGCAUCGGCUCGCCACCCUCAGGAGAAACGUGGAGGAUUAUGCGCGCGAGCACGAGGAAGCCUCGCGCAACAUCCAGCAGUACCUGUCGAAUCCGAUAAACGCUUAUCUGCUGGUGAAGCGACUGACGACCGACUGGAGGCGGGUCGAGGAAUUAAUUACCGAGGACGUCGGCAAGGCCUUCGUUGCCAAUAUCACGAAUUCUCGUAGCGACCUAAAAUUCCCGACCGAGGAAGACCUCAAUGGUGCCGCCGUCGCACUAAUGAGGCUACAGGAUACUUACAAGCUCGAGACGGCUCAGGUUGCCAGAGGCGUCCUCAACGGUGUGCAGUACAGCACCGGGUUAUCGGCCGGCGACUGCUUCGAGCUCGGCAGGCAGUCCUAUAACAACGGCGACUAUUAUCACACUGUGCUCUGGAUGCAGGAGGCCAUGGACCGGCUACAAGAGGAGCAAAAUCGUACCACCAUAUCCAAGCCUGAUAUUCUCGAGUACCUCGCCUUCUCCACUUAUAUGCAAGGAAACGUAGUGAGAGCUUUGAGCAUGACGAACGAGCUUUUAGAGCUGGUGCCGACACAUCAGCGGGCGCUUGGCAAUCGUGCUUACUACCAGGAGGAAAUUCAGAAGAGGACGAACGAGUCGAGGAGAAAGCGAGGAGAGGAUGGCACCAAAGACACGCCCGCGGCUGAUCAGCCUUUCACCGUCCCGGAGAAGAAGAUCAAGAGCCUGAACGAGAUGACGGAGCGAGAGAGGUACAAGAUGCUGUGUCGGGGUGAGAUCACGAUGCCUCUGAGUCUGCAAAAGGAUCUGAGGUGCCGUUACGUCGACCGGGGCAUACCCUUCCUCAAGAUAGCGCCCUUCAAGGAGGAGGAGGCCUACCUCGAUCCGAGGAUCGUCAUCUACCACGAUGUCAUCUACGACGAGGAGAUCGAGACGAUCAAGAGGAUGGCUCAGCCGAGGUUCAAGCGAGCGACGGUGCAAAACUACAAGACAGGAGAGCUCGAGAUAGCAAACUACCGGAUAAGCAAAAGCGCUUGGCUACAGGAACACGAGCACAAGCAUGUGCGAGCAGUGAGCCAACGGGUUGAGCACAUGACGAGUAUGACCAUCGAUACGGCUGAGGAGCUCCAAGUUGUUAAUUAUGGAAUCGGAGGACAUUACGAGCCCCAUUUUGACUUCGCCAGAAGAGAAGAAAAGAAUGCAUUUAAAAGUCUUGGAACUGGAAAUCGCAUCGCAACUGUUUUAUAUUAUAUGAGUGACGUGGAACAAGGAGGUGGAACUGUUUUCACAAAAAUCAAUAUCGCUCUAUGGCCGAAAAAAGGUAGCGCUGCAUUUUGGUAUAAUUUGAAACCCAAUGGAGAGGGAGACUACCGAACUCGACAUGCUGCAUGUCCAGUUUUAACUGGAUCGAAAUGGGUUGCGAACAAAUGGCUGCACGAGAGAGGUCAAGAAUUCCACAGGCCCUGCACGUUAGAAAAUCAACCAGCCGACAUCGAUGACGGCAGAUACUAAUAUAAAUAAUGUAUUAAUCGAUAUAAAAAGUGCAUUUUAAUAUUCUAUAAUAUUAAAAUCGAUCGAUCAAUGCAAUUCGUGACUUAGAAUGUUUUUCAAAGAAACAGCCCAAAUGUCGAUUGCGAGUCUGCUAAUUAUUGGAAAUAACACCUAGCAUCGGGAGAAUGUAAAUGCUGUGGGUAUUAUCGAUCAAACCAAAGGAUAAAAUAAUAACAAUUUUUCAAUGUUUAUAAUUCUAGCGCAACUCCUCCGAUACUUUUGUACAUUUACAAAGCUCUUCGUUAAUCCAAAUAAUAUUUUCGGAGAAGUUUCGUUUCAGAGUAAAUGAAAACAAA